AUGAACCAUGAAUGUAACAUGCCUUACUCCUGUGCUUACUGCGAACUGAUCCGUUCUUCUGUAUCAUUUCACUUCAGGGAAAGAGAUACUGACAAAGAUGGGAAGGUUAAUUUUAAAGAAUUUUUCCAUGGGCUCUUUGAUUUGGUAAGAAACUAUGAUGAAGAGGAUCAUAAUUCUUCACACGAGUCUCAUGGUUCAGAGGAGUUCCCUGCUAGAAAGUUAUUUGCGCAGUUUGACAAAGAUGGUGAUGGAUAUUUGUCCGAUGUUGAACUGCUAUCUAUUAUUGGAAAAAUUCAUCCAUCAGAGCAUUACUAUGCCAAGCAACAAGCACAUUAUAUCAUAUCACAG